AUGUCUUAUCAAGACAAUCAACCAAGCCAAUACAGUGAAUUGCGAAGUAUCCACAAAUGCUACAUUGAUUUAUAUAAUGUAUUAUAUCAGCUGAAAACAGAAAAAGAAGACGAAUUAAACUCAAUUUACAAAUUGAUCAAAACGGAAUUGAUUGAUUCAAAGAUAUGCCAUCCACAGAAUAUUAUGAGAGACAUUUUAAAUAUCAUUCCAUAUCAUAAUCGCUAUACAAAGUCAUAUUUAUAUCUUGUCAAGCUCAUAUCAGAUGAUUAUCAUAUCAAUGAGGUCUACAACGUCGAACAUAUUUCAAGUAUUCUGUUUUAUAAAGAAUAUGGAAUUAAGUUAAACGAAACUCAAGACUUCGAAAAUACGAAAUCAGAUAAUUUAGAUAUUCAAUCAGAAAAUACAAUUUACGGAGCAAUUAUGAAUAAUGAUCUAAAGAGAUUCAUUUCAUUCACAGAAAAAGAGGGAUUUAAUAAAGAUCAAACACUUAAAGAUUAUUACUAUGAAUAUUCUAAAAAAGGAUAUUUAUUACUUGAAUUAUGUUGUUACCAUGGAGCUGUUGAUUGUUUCAAGUUAUUAAGAACGAAAUUUAACUCAGAAAUAACCGAAAAAUGUCUAGAAUUUUCAUUUUUAGGAGGAAAUCCAGAGAUCAUGAGUGAAUGCUUGAAAUAUCAAAAACAAAAUAAUGAAUGA